AUGAAGAAGUAUGAGUACACGCAGAGUAACUCCGACCACACGCUGUUCAUCAAGAAGAUGGGAGAUCAAAUUACAUGCUUGAUCAUAUAUGUGGAUGACAUGAUUCUUACCGGGGAUGACACAGAAGAAAUGGCCGAACUAAGGAAGAAUCUGUUCAGCGAGUUCGAGAUGAAAGAUUUGGGACCAUUAAAGUAUUUCUUGAGAAUAGAAGUGCUACGAUCGAGGAAGGGAAUUUUCAUCAAUCAGAAGAAGUAUGUGCUGGAAUUGCUAGCUGAAGCCGGGAUGGUAGAUUGUAAACCAGCAGACACUCCGAUGGUCCAAAAUCAUGGACUGCAGAUGAAGGAAGAAGCGAAGCAGACCGACAGAGGAAGAUACCAGCGAUUGGUCGGGAAGUUGAUUUAUCUAUCACAUACGAGACCAGAUAUUGCGUAUGCUGUAGGGAUCCUGAGUCAGUUUAUGCACGCAGCCCAAGAAAAGCACUGGGAGACAGUUUUGUGA